GGCUAACCACCCCGGAGGCGACUGUAGGGAUGACGUAGGCAUUCUGAUUGGCUGAUUCCUCACGUGAUCUGCUGGCAAAGCCACGCAUGUGAUCCACACACCCGGAACACAGCAGGAGCACCGGCUCCACUGCCCCUUCUCCCCUCCUUCAUCCCUACCCCACCCCAGCCAUGGCAGGAGAAAUCACAGAUACGGGGGAGCUCUAUUCUCCAUUUGUCGGACUGAUCUACAUGUUUAACUUGAUUGUUGGUACCGGCGCCCUCACUAUGCCUAAGGCCUUUGCCCAUGCAGGCUGGUUGGUGAGUCUUAUUCUCAUCAUCUUCUUGGCAUUUAUGAGCUACAUGACCACAACCUUUGUCGUUGAAGCGAUGGCUGCUGCCAAUGCCCAGCUGCGCUGGAAGAGAUGGGAGAAAGAGGAAGCAGAUUCCUCUGAAAACUCCGAUAAUGAAUCUCUGUCCCCUGACGGGUAUGAAAAUUCGGAAGUCCAGCCUAUCCUUUCAGUGCAGCAUCGGGGUUUGUCCAACCCAUUUGAAAUCGUGGAGCGAGUGGAAAUGGGGCAGAUGGCGUCAAUGUUCUUUAAUAAAGUCGGCGUAAACCUGUUUUAUUUGUGCAUCAUUAUAUAUCUGUAUGGAGACCUGGCUAUAUAUGCAACGGCCGUACCUCUGUCCCUCGUUCAGGUCACGUGUUUUACUGGGAAUGAAUCGUGUGGAACUCAGGCUGGAGAGAAAAAUGAUACAGACACCUGUUGGGGAAACAUCAGACGGAUUGACGCCUACAGGAUCUAUCUGGCCGUAUUCACUCUGUUCCUCGGGCCUUUUACUUUCUUUAAUGUACAGAAGACCAAAUAUCUCCAGAUUCUGACAUCACUCAUGAGAUGGAUAGCUUUCAUCGCCAUGAUUGUGAUAGCACUCAUCCGUAUCGGCGAAGGCAAAGGCGAAGGAAAGCCUCCUAUGGCAGACGCCUCGGGAAUCCGGAAUCUUUUCGGGGUGUGCGUGUAUUCUUUCAUGUGCCAGCAUUCUCUGCCUUCGCUGGUUACGCCCAUCUCCAGAAAGAAACACCUGACCGGGCUGGUCCUCGUGGACUACGUCCUGGUCCUGUCUUUCUACAGCCUCCUGUGCUUCACCGCUAUAUUCUGCUUCUCCUCUGGGAGCCUGAUGGACAUGUACACUCUUAACUUCAGCGGGUGUAGCCCUUUUGUGCCUGCAGUGAUCGGCUACUUCCUCGGGUUGUUCCCCGUGUUCACCAUUAGCACCAAUUUCCCAAUCAUUGCUGUCACGCUACGAAACAACUGGAAGACCCUUUUCCAUCGGGACGGAGGCACCUAUCCCUGGUUUGUGGACCGCGUUGUGUUUCCCCUCAUCACCCUGGUGCCCCCAAUCCUGGUAGCAUUUUGUACCAACCACCUGGAAAUCCUAGUAAGCGUCACUGGUGCCUAUGCUGGAAACGGCAUCCAGUAUGUUAUACCAGCGUUCUUGGUGUUCUGCAGUCGCAAGGACUCUGCCCUAGUAUACGGACCCGACAGUAGGAAUAAGCACCUGUCUCCUUUUAAGCAAGUGGGCUGGGUGUGGUUUGUUCUUCUCUGGGCAUUGUCCUGCUUUAUAUAUGUCACUGCCAACAUAAUCCUGACCGAUGUUAACCUGUAGCUAUCACAAGCCGUGAUCAUCAUGGCCGAAGUUGGACGGCUUUGUGCGGGACACGUGAGCUGCCAAAAGUUCGUCGGGGCUGGCCCCGUUCUCACUGGACAGAUCCUAAACUAUCAUGAAUACUAUGUUCAGAAUCUAUAUGAAGAAAUCAUAAUCGUGCCUUGUCUUCUUUCUGGCAAAUAAAGGGUUCGAUGUCGGGUGGGCAUCGCCUGGCCACGGCAUGUAGAAGAGCCAACUCUUGCCUUUUAAAAGGAACGCAGGCACAUCUUGUGCCUUGGACCAGUUCUAUAGGAUUCCUGUAUAUGGAUGGUCUGAUGCGCUCUGAACUAUAUACUCCAGCACAAGCUUAAAGCGGUCUUCCAAGAUAUUUUUACUGAUGACCUAUACUCCGGAUAGGUCAUCGGUAUCUGAUCGGUGGGGGCUUCGCCAACCGGCUGUUUGAGAAGUCGCCAGCGCUCGCAGUAGCACAGCGGCCUUCUCAGCUUUUCCUAGGCCGAGUGACGUCACAUUUGUCGGUCGCAUGGCCUAAGCACAGCUCAGCGCCGUUGAAGGGAAUGGGGCUGAGCUGCUAUACCACGCACAGCCUCCUUGGUGAGCUGAGAGAAGGCCGCCACGCAACUGUGAAGCCGGUGCCUUCUCAUACAGAUCCCGGGUGUCGGACCCCGAACGAUCAGAUACUGAUGACUUAUCCAAUCAGAAAAAAUAUCUUGGAAAACACUUUUAAAGGGGGAUAGCCCAUGAUCAACGUAGCAAAUUAAAAUAUGACGUCCUAUAGUACAUGACAAUCUCUCUUUCUAACAAAGCUAGAACCAGCCCUGUACCUCACAUGGAUCCAGAGAUCUUCACCUUCAUUGCUCCAAUUGAUCCUGGAUUUAUUUCAAGCUGGCGUCUCAGUGGGCGUGUCCUUUUUCUGAUUUGUAGCAGUUGAGGAACGGAACUGAAAAUGGGCAUCCACCUCACUAAGGCGGACAGAGAAAUUAGAAAAAGAACAAACAACAGAUGGCGCUCUACAGAUGGAUUUCAUUGAAUAACUCAAUAGCUAAAGAAAAUUCUUAAUUACAUGCAAUUACAAAAGUAUUCAGAUCCAGGCGCUGGUUUGAAAAAAAGUAGAAUAUUUUUCCUGGGAUAACCCCUUUAAGACCGGCAUUACGGACUUUGCUGCACUGUGCACAGUGGUUGGCUAACUGUUUGUAACCUAAAUAAAAUUAAAUCAUUGGAGACUCAA